AAAUCGGCGUGAGUUUCCGGGUUUUCCGAUAAAGCCAUUUUCAUCGUUUUUCGAGUUAUUCCUUUGAUAUUUCGGUGAUUUAUCAUCGAUUGUUUGAUGUAAAGAAAGAUCAUCGACCAUGUCACGUGGCAUGUUGAACCAAAAGAGUUGGACCCACACUCGUACAAUAAAUAAUGACACUGCCAAGACAAUGGUUCUUGGCUGAGUUCAAGUCAUUGGAAUGAGUAUGGGUGCAGGAGAUGGUGCUCUUGGUUCAAAAAGGAAAAAUCCGAACGAAUCGGUAUCAGCAUACAAGAAUGAGGGAAGGAAGUUACAAAUGAAAAUAUAGGACUAAACGAAAAAAGGCUCACUUUUGUUCACUUUGUUUUGUUCGUUUUUGAGUUGUUGAAAUUUCACUGCCUGAUAUAUGCACAUACAGCUCACGUUAAACUUGACUCUUGUGACUCGGAACAAUGAGGUGAUAUUGAUACUAAUUGGAGUAUUUUUAAAAGUUUUCUUUAAUGGUGCUAUGCAAUGUGCUGUUUCAUAUCAAAUCGUUGUGUGAUUACUUUGUCCUUUGUGACAUUACCUUUGUGUUACUGAGUGAGAAAUGACCAUAUGAUGUUAGUUUGUUACAUGGACUAUUUUCAUGACAGAAUGAUUUUCAAGGACGUGCAGAAUUAAGGGAAAUAUCAUCUGUUGAGCAUUCGUAAUUGUCAUCUCAUUCUCAGCAGAACUAUUUAUUGGCAUAGUGAUGUGGUAUUGGAGAUAGAGGUUUGAUAAAGAACAGUGCUGGAAUUGGUGUAAUUAGGACCUGUAAUAAUAUUUGACUAUUUACCUAAAGUGUGGACCAAUAUGUUUGCGACCAAAUGCCACAUCUCUCAGCAUACGUUAUGAACUUAUCGCUAUCAGCACAGUUACCUGUGCAAUACUUGACUAGAUUGUGUUGAGUUACGCCGUCAGUGUAGUCAGCACAUUGAUUAUUUGAGAUAGAAUUCCAUAAUUGUGCAUUUUCUGUGAACAGGAAGAUAUGAAAUACCAAUUGGUGGUCAAUAUCUUUGCAUGUGGACUCAGUCUAAGUUAUAGCUUACUGAGCACUCCGCUGGGUUGCCGGAAUUCAUUGUUAUGUGAUUUAUUGUCUGUUGUUGAGUUAUCUUUUAAAACGAAUGGACCUCAUGUAAAAUCGUUGUUGACAAAAGCAAAGUUCGUGCAGCACAAUAUUCAGGAAGAUUAUUUCCUGGAGGAGAGAUUGUGAAUGAUUGUAGCUGGAGUAAAAGCUAAAAGUAUUUGGAAUAAGGAAAUUCAGUAUUGCAUUUAUCUGUGAGAGAAAACUUGUCGAAGAAAAUGAUUUACUCCUAGCUUGUCAGUAUUAAUCUACAUUUAGGAACGCUGUUGGUCAAGAACUUCCGAAUUUGUUGUUGAAAGAUCCUUCCUGAUGCAUUUCAAAAGGUAUCAGUAGUUAAAAAUGUUUCAUCGUGACCAGCAGAAUCAUCAGUCUUCGAAUUAUCAGUUCAGUAGAGCUUAUUUCAAUACGAUCUUGUGCAUCAUGACUGCUUACGGAUUGACACAUUCAGACUAUCAACCUAUGGAGUUACGUUUAAUGGAGAACUGCUCGGAUUUAUAUUCCAAUGCAACAUCUAACCUGACGGAUUGUGGCGGGACCUUUGCAGAGACCAACAAUGCUCUCCCGUUGGUGUUCAAGAUUCCUGUCGGGAUUAUCAUGAUUAUCAUGAUGUUAAUCAGCCUCUCAGGCAACAUCAUCGUGUGCAUAAUUGUCUACCAGAAACCUGCCAUGCGCUCUGCAAUCAAUUUGUUAUUAGCAAAUAUGGCGUUAUCAAAUAUUUUACUGUCCGUCCUGUGCAUGCCUUUUGCAUUUAUCACAAUGAUUCUGGAUCAAUGGAUAUUUGGGGACAUCCUGUGUAGGAUUGUCGCAAUGUUGCACUUAUUAUUGGUCUCCGAAGCAAUGGCCAUUUUAUUGGCUAUAAGUUUGGAUCGAUACUUAAUUAUCGUUCGAAGACGUGACAAACUCAACCCUUUGCGUGCUCGAUUGAUAAUAGGGUGCUCUUGGUGCUUUUCCUUCGCUAUAAGUAUCCCGCCUUUGAUAGGUUGGGCCACAUACGAGUUCUAUGACGGAUUUCUUCAGUGUGUCAUCGAGAAGCAUCGUCAUGCCGGAGAUUUGCUGUACAUUAUUCUGACAACCUUCACCAUAUUUUUUCUUCCAAUGACGGUUAUGUCUUACUCCUAUCUGUGCAUUUUGAACACAGUUCGGAAGAACUCCAUGCGGGUGCAAAAUCAACCUGAUAAUUUCAACAUACCCCAAGUCAAUAAGUUAGGUCUUGCAAGCACGAACCGCCAAGGGAAACUAAACGUUGAUAUGAGCUUCAAAACCCGUGCCUUCAAGACGAUUCUCAUUCUCUACCUUGUCUUUUUGAUAUGUUGGGCUCCCUAUGCCAUUACAAGCAUUGUUUGGAACUUAACGCAAUCACUUCCAAUUAAUUAUAUAGGUAGCGCCAUCGUACUGUGGCUAGGGUAUAUGAACAGUGGACUAAAUCCUAUGAUCUACUGUUGGAGGAUAAAGAAGUUCCGUGAAGCUUGCCAGGAGCUGUUACCAAAAAGUGUGAAACUUUUGCCCCAGAUUCCCCGGAAGACGCAGCGUCGAGUGAAUCCGAGUUCAGUUUAUGAGUUCGGUACAGAACACUCCUCCUCUGUGUGACACUUUUCCGUUUUAAGGGUUGACAAAGGCACCAUUUUGGCCGGAAUGACAUAGUGUACUGAACUGAACUGAAAUGAUGUCACCCCGGAUGGCAGAGUGUACUGAACUGAACUGAAAUGAUGUCACCCUUGAUAACAGAGUGUACUGAACUGAACUGAAAUGAUGUCACCCCGGAUGACAAAGUGCACUGUUCACUGGUAUAUCCAUAUCAUGAAUAGAAUCUAUGACAAUUUUUGUCAUGGGACUCUUGAUAUAAUAUAUUGUUGAUAUAAGAAUUUUGUAUUUGUGUUUUCUCUGUAUAUAGAUCCUGGCAUAACCAAUGGUUUUCAGUAUACUGACUCCGUCUGUUGAUAUUUGGAUAUGACGAAGGAGUAAAAAAGCCUGAAUCUCAGGAUGCCGUAUAUGGUGCGACCGUAAAGACUUUACACUGUAUUGUAUAUUGUUAAGUAAUA